CUCGGUCAGUCGCGGCAGCGACGCCAACGGGGCCUCGAGGACUGGUCUAUGAGAAGCACGGAGAGCCGGCUCAGGUCCUACACCUCCAUGUUAUUUCCAGCGUCUUUCUCCCAGCUUGAAACUGAACCAGAUGGAUUUUCCUUCCAACAGAAGGAUGGAAUGCUGAGUCAACCUUGAGCCGGUUGGGAUUGAACUCCUGGCAGUAAGCAGAGUCAGCCUGCAAUACUGCAUUCUAACCAUUUCCACCACCACGGUCCUAAAAGACGUAGCUUUAGCCAAACUCGGGGAUUCUGGAGUCCACGUGAAAAUGGUUGCAGCUCCCAUCAACCCAGCGGACAUCAAUAUGAUUCAAGGAUCCUAUGGCAUUGUUGCUGACUUACCUGCAGUUGGAGGGAAUGAAGGAGUUGGGCAAGUGAUGGACACAGGAAAUUCUGUGACAACUUUGAAACCGGGAGACUGGGUGAUUCCAGCUGAUGGAGGACUUGGAACUUGGCGAACAGAAGCAGUAUUCGAUGAGAAAACUCUGUUGAAAAUCCCGCCAGAUAUUCCGUUGACUUGUGCUGCCACACUGGGUGUUAACCCCUGCACAGCUUAUCGGAUGUUGUCUGAUUUUGAGACUUUAGAACCAGGGGAGUCUGUCAUCCAAAAUGCAGCCAAUAGUGGAGUGGGACAGGCUGUAAUCCAGAUUGCAGCAGCCAAGGGCAUCAAAACAAUAAAUGUAAUAAGAGAUAGACCAAAUCUCCAGGAUCUUGUAGACAGACUUAAGUCCCUUGGAGCAGACUAUGUUAUCGCAGAGGAGACGCUAAGAAAACCAGAAAUGAAAGAGUUGUUUAAGGAAAUUCCUAAGCCCUCAUUAGCUCUGAAUGGUGUUGGAGGGAAAAGUGCUACUGAGCUGAUGCGUCACUUGAGGCAUAGUGGGACCAUGGUUACCUACGGUGGGAUGUCAAAGCAGCCUGUGACAGUCCCUGUGAGUGCACUGAUCUUUAAGAAUGUCAACGUACGUGGCUUUUGGAUGACCCAGUGGAAGAGGGACAAUGCCCACAGCAAAGAGAAGCUGGAAAUAAUGAUAGCAGAACUGUGCACUCUCAUUCGAAAGGGUCAACUGGUUGCUCCGGUCUGCCGAGAAGUCCCUUUGGCAGAUUACCAAGCAGCUUUGAAGGUUUCUCAGGAACCGUAUGUAUCCGUUAAGCAGAUCCUCCGGAUGUGAAGACGAGCAUUUUUAGUGGAUUUCAAUCCCAGGAGGCUUGAACGAUCCAGAAUUACAAAACCAAUUUAUAACCUCACAUCUAUCUUCUGGCUCAACAGACAGAAGAAUGAGGAGCAAACAAUGAAGGCUUAACAUAGACCAGAGAUCACUAUCCAGUAUCAGUGAUGGCCUGGGAGCUAAAGCAAUUAUGGUUUCUACCCAAUCUGAGAAUCCCUUGUAGACUUUCUCUUUUUAUUUUAUUUUUUAUUAUUAAAUUUAUCUGUCAUCCAUCAAGCCAGGGGGUGACUUUAAGUGACUGGAUAGAAAACUGAAGAAAAAAGAGACGUUUCAGCCCAUGGAGAAACGGUUCUUAUCCUGGAGAUUCUCCCAUCUAUGCUGAUGUAUGUGUGCACACUCAGAAUAUUUAUUAUUAUACAAUGUGAUAAGAAUUCCUCAAGAGUGGAAUGAGAUGGGGCAAAGGCUGGUCCCACUGGAGUUAAAGACUUUGUAUAAAUCUAUUUCAGAAUCUGCAGAUUAUAAUGAGUUAGGUAGUGUCGAUCGUCCCAUUGGGCACAUUCAACAAAAGAAACUCCUGGCUCUUUACAUUAGGGAUGUCAAACUCAAGGCCCACAGGCCAGAUUCGGCCUGCGGGGUGCUUAGAUGUGGCCCACGGCGCCGCCCUGGAAACAGCGAAGGAGCAUCCCGCAGUGCCUCCGUCAGCAAAAACGGAGCUCAGGCGGGCCAUGUGCGGCCCCUCUGAGCUCCAUUUUCACUGGCAGGAGGUUGCAAGAAGCCCUCCCAGCCGAAAAUGGGGCCAUGCCCAGCCCAGGCACCCUAGCCACGCCCACCCAGCGCCCCGAGGUCAAACACAACCCUGAUGCAGCCCUCAAUGAAAUAGAGUUUGACAAUCCUGCUUUAGAUUAACCAAGAGUGUAGCUUUAUUGAAAAAUUCAUCUAGGCACAGCAGAAGCAAAGUCAGUUCUGGAAUUUUCCCGUGAAAACCCACACAUAGGUAAUUCCCCUUUUACCCUCCAGGCCACCCACAGUUCAGAGUUCACCAAUUGAGUUCAAUUCUUUUGCUUCUGGAAAAGCUGUCUGCUUCGGUCAAAACAUUCUUCAUCACUUGGCCUUGUCAGAUAACAUCUCUCCAGCCACAGAUGUUUCACUUGCAUUCCAAAGCCUCCUUCCACCCUUAGGAAUUCACCACCCACUUCCCGUCACAGUUUGGCAAAGCUGCGAGCGAAAGCAGCUACAGACAACUAUGGAGCCGAGUCAGAUUUGACAUAUAAGUUUUUAGUAUUUUCCUCAGGAACACAGGACAAUCUUUGCAGCCAGAUCCUCUUCUUUCCUGAGCAAAAUGGCUCUUGACAAGUUAAGUCAUUGAGCAGGAAAAUCAUGGUGGAUGCAUUCAGCUUCAAAAUGAGUUCUGUGGCUUCUAAGGUAACUUUCCCCAACUUCAUAUUCGAAUUCCGCAAUUCUCAGCCCACACAACUGAUCGCCAUGCUGGCUGGGAGUUAUAUGACCCAGUCCAAAAUAGUUGGGUUGGAGAAGAAUUUUCUAAGCCAGAUGUGUGGACUUCAACUCCCAGAAUUCCACACAUUGAAGUUGCCAAGUCCACACAUCUUCAAGUUGAAGUUCUCACAUCUUCAAGUUCUUCUAAGCCAUUCUUACACAUUUUCAGAGGAGCAUUUUAGAAGAAGAAGCAGAUACUAAAAAAUAGAGUGAUUUGUGCUGUAACAUGCAACAAGACAAACUAGUUUCAUUUAGCAGAUUUCUUAGCGGCUCCUUUUCAUUCUAAUGCUAGUUUAUUAAAGGCGGAUGAGUAAUUAGCCCACCAAGGUGUUUUCCUUGGAGCAAGCAGCUUCCAGGGGAGUUUCUAAAUAGCUGCAGUGUUAAUUUGAGAGCCUGGAUGGAUCAAUUGUAGCCUGCAGCAUCAAAAGUCCUCUUUGCAAUAUAAUCUCUGAAAAAGAAGAGUUUUGAAUUGGCUAUUUAUAUCAUGAUGGCUGUAACGGAGAUGAAAGCAAAUUGCAUUUGAUUACAAACCUGUUCUUGCAAAACCACUUGCCAAUGGCCAUUGAAAUGUCAAUGAUUUUCAUCUCCAGUAAAAUGUUUUAGCUCUAACCACCCAUGGGAUUUUUCCUUGGCCUUAGUAACAGCAAAUGACAGCCUUGAAGCUCUUCAGUUGCACAGCAUUGCUCUUCCAUUCCGAAUCUCUUCCGCUAUACUGGUUUGUGGGAAUCAUGUGCUCUUAUGUAUAAAAUGUAAAUGAUGAAGGUUCUGGUCUUAGACAAAUGCAUGGCACGAUUAUAGUGAAAUGAUAGGUUGGUCCUACAUAAGUUGGGCACAGCAUAAUAAAGACCUUUGGGCAUUUGA